UUGUUAACCUCAAUUCCUAUAAUAAUUUUUUUCUUGUGUAUCAGUUUUUGUAUUAAAUCUUAUGAUAAACCAUCGAAAGGUAACAAAUCGUGCCGAAAAAACGGAAUUUCUAAAACGACUUAAUAAUAUUUAUGCCCUAAUUGAAGAAUUAGAAAACAACCUUUCCAAAUCUGCUAAAUUAGACAGACAAAUUUUGUUGAUGAUUCGGUUAGAUCAAAUCAGUAAACAAAAUAUGACGAAUCAAUUAAAUGAAGCUCAAACAGAAAAUAAACAACUUUUAGGUAUGAUGCAACUAAGUGAAAAUGGUAGAGAUGUGCCUAGAUCGAAUUCCAGUACUUCAUGUAAUACUAUGAGCUUGGUACAUUUACAAUACAAAUAUGAAGAAUUACUUGCAAACCAGAAUGGUUUAUUAAAAAUACUAGAUAUAAGACAGAACGAAGUACGAAAAUAUCAAACGGAAAAUACUCGAUUAAAAGAAGAAAUAGAAAACGCCAAAUUCAUUUUACAAAAAUACGAAACGGAAUUCAAGAAUUUAUUAGAAAAAAUUAGUAGAUUAAAAAGCCGAAAAAAUAGAAAGAUUGAAAAGUUAAAAGAAGAAAGAGAUACUUUACGACUUGUUCAUAACAGAUUCGUGAGUGUAUUAACCAAACAGUCAUUGGAAAAGGACGAUAUUUUAAGUGAACAAUUACAGAACACUUCAAAUUCCGAGAAAGCGUUAUUGUUACAAGAAGUGCGUAAAAAUAACUACUUAAUGUACGAAAAUUUUCAGUUACAUCAAAAAAUGGAGUAUUUAGAAUCAAAGCUAAAUGUCAAAAGAUCGUCUCGGAAUGACGUUUCGACUUCUGUGUCACGAACGAGCUCAAAUUAACGAGAUAUUUAUUAUCAUUAGGGAUAAAUAUACAUUAUUGUAUUGAUAUCUGGAAAUAAAAAUUGUUAACAGUU